AUGGUAAGCAAUGGAAUGCUAAACUUCAUUAAUCAGAGACUGCAAGAAUUGAAAGGAACAAGAACACCAUUUGGUGGUGUAAGUAUAAUUGUUGUUGGAGACUUGUUCCAAUUGAAACCUGUGAGUGGUGAUUGGAUAUUUAAUGAUUUAACUCAUGAUGCAGCAGCUCUCUCAAUAAACCUGUGGAAAGAACACUUUUCAAUGUAUGAAUUGACAGUAAUUAUGAGACAAAAGGAUGAUUUGAAAUUUGCAGAACUUUUAAACAGACUAAGAAGCAAUUGUUUGACAGAUGAUGACAAAGUUGUUCUAAAACAGUGUGAAAUAAACACAGAUGCACAAAAUUACCAGAAGGACUCACCACAUUUGUUUGCAGAAAAUUAUUACAUGCAUAUAUUCAAUGAAAAAAUUAUUGAUAGUUUAAACACAGAGAAAGUUUUAAUACCAUGUCAUGAUUCUGUUGUUUUUCCAAAACUAUCAAAUGAAAAACAGAAAGAAGCCAUACAGAGAUUGCCAACAGAGCCAAACAAAACAGCAAAUUUACAUUGUCAGUUACUUGUUGUUGUUGGAAUGAUUUAUGAUCUAACAGUUAAUGUAGACACUGAAGAUGGAUUAGCUAAUGGAGCUUCUUGUAUUGUAAAACAUCUAGAAUACAAGCAAGUAGAGACAAAUCGACCAAGUGUAAUAUGGGUGCAGUUUGAUGAGGCAAAUGCUGGAAAUGAAACGAGGAUAAAAUAUAAAAACCGAGGAUUUUAUCAUACAGAAAUAAAUCAUAAUUGGACACCAAUAUUUGACAUCGAAAGGUCUUUUACAUACAACAAAAAGACAUUUGAAAGGAUUCAAUUUCCUUUGCAACCAUCUGCUGGGCGUUCUGUUCAUAGAGCACAAGGUACUACGUUAGAAAGUGCUGUAAUUGACCUGUCUCAGCGGAAAACACGGAAGGUUCCACACCUACAUUAUGUUGCAUUGAGUAGAGUUAAAUCGUUAGAUAAGCUACAAAUUCUGAAUUUCAAUGAACAAGCUUUACAAGUGAUCAAAAGUAAAGACAGAAAUGGACAGGUUACAAAAUAG